AUGGCAGAUAAAAUCAAAAUCGGGGUGAUUGGGUGCAGGGUUGGUCGGACAUGGGUGGCGGGUGCGAAAGCAGGCGAGGAUACCACCGCUUGGGCUGUUGCCGAUCUGAAUCAAGAGCUUGCUCAACAAGUUGCUGCCGAUAACGAUGUCCCAAGAGUGUAUGGCGACUAUCGGGAAUUGCUCGCAGAUGACGAGGUGGAAGCGGUUGGGAUUGCCACGGCCCCUGAUGUGCGGAAGCCGAUGGUAAUUGAUGCGUUGAAUGCAGGUAAGCAUGUGUUGGCACAGAAGCCACACGGUCGCAACGCCGCCGAUGUGGAGGAGAUCAACAACGUGGCAGCAUCUAUCGGGAAAACCCUUGUGUACUCCUACUUCAUGCGGCACGAAGUAGAAAAUAAAAAGACCCGUCAAAUCAUCGCAGCGGGAAAAAUCGGACAGGUAGAUCGUCAUUCUGAGGAUUACCUCAGUUUUCUGGUGGGGUGUGCCAACGGUAUCACAAUCCAAAUGGAUACCUCCGCUGUCAUUCCGACAUGGUCAGAUCGCGCGUGGGAUCUUCGUUUGCGAAUUCUAGGCACGGCUGGCACAAUCGAGCAGGAAUCUACAUCCCAACCUUCGGGAACAAAACGUUCGGGGACACGCCGACUGCUUGGUGCGAUCUACACUGAAGGCGACGAUUUCAUCGACGAAUAUGUGGCACACAGUGACGGCGAUUUUAAUGGGGAGAUAAGGGAUUUCGCAGAUGCAAUUCGUGGGACAAACCCGCCCGAUGUGUCACCCACAGAUGCGUUGACAUUCAUGAAAUUGUUGGAUGCAAUCUAUUUGAGUGCGGAGACCGGGGAGAAGGUGCAGAUCUCUUAGCCUAGCUCAAGUUGCUAUUUAUCAACCCCGCUCGGCUUAGAUAGACAUAUCCAAGCCAGUCCCGCAGAUGUGCAGUAGAUUUGUCAAUCCACUGCGAGCGAAAAAAAUUGGACAAAAGGGGGCAGUCUAUAGUGCCCCCGGUGCUAAAAUC